AUGUCGGACCAGCAGCUGUCCCAGGUCCUCGAGCUGCUCCAGAAGCUUAAUGCAAAGCAGGAGGCGCUAGCUGAGCAGGUCGCCGCCCUCACCUCCCGCGCCCCUGGCACACCCGGAGUCGAGGAGAUCCCGUGCGGUCCCGCGGGGAUCAACGCGCCUCUCGGCGGCGGAAUUCGCGCGUACCGCUCUGCGUCGCGGAGUACUGCAUCGCCACCCCCCGUGGUGGCGCCACUCGCCUCGCCCACCCCCAGCAGCGUGUUUGGCACGUCGCCGACGGCCAGCACCUCGCUGUCACUCACCGCCCUGAAUGGGAAGAGCGAGAAUAAGGCAGAGGUCGAGGAGAAGGCAGAAAAGAAGAAGGGCCUGUACCCAUCGCGUGUGGUUCUGACGACCUACCCAGGCCAGGCUGGUAUCAAUCCCGUUCCUAUCAACUGGGGUGCUGGUCCCUCGCCCCUUGACCGCGGCCCCGUCGUCUGCUCGCGUAUCGCCAAGAAUCUCCUCAUGCGUAAUUCGAUCGGCGCGCACGCCGGUAGUUACUCUAUCUACCGUGCACUGUCGAUCGCCAUGGGUCAGCUCUCUCCCAGCUGGCGCCCCGAUCUGCGCAACACGCAUCCUCCGUUCGUCCUCUCCCCGCAGCCUGGCUGGUUUGGGGAUGGGAAGGGCGGUAACGAGCGCGACUGGAAGAUCGUCUCGUUUGACCCAUGGGGCGCCAUGGUACAGGAGAUCUGGGGGAAGGAGUAUGGCGAGGGACUGGACGUGCGCCCGACGAUUUCCCAGACCAAGGCGCACAUCAAGAUCGAGGAGCUGGACGUGCUCGCGCGCAAGGGCGAGUUCCCCAUCGACGGCGACAUCGUGAUCAAGAGUCCAGAGCUCCCUUCCUUCCCUGGUGUCGACCAGGGUGUUGAGGUCAACACCUUCAAGGCCGCCGUCGACCCCGUCUGGUACCUCCCUGGUGUGGCCGAACGCCUUGGCAUUGAUGAGAGUACCCUCCGCCGCGCCCUCUUCGAGGACACCGGUGGCAUGUACCCCGAGCUCCUCACGCGUCCGGACAUCAAGAUCUUCCUUCCCCCAAUUGGCGGCAUGACCGUGUACAUUAUGGGUGACCCGGCCAAGCUCAGUGACCCCAACACCGAGGUGACGUGCCGUCCCCACGACUCGUGCUCGGGCUCUGAUGUCUUCGGCUCGGACAUCUGCACGUGCCGCCCCUACCUUAUCUUCGGUAUCUCGGAGGCGAUCAAGUGUGCUCAGCGCGGCGGUGUUGGUGUCGUCGUCUACUUCCAAAAGGAAGGUCGCGCCCUGGGCGAGGUGGUCAAGUACAUGGUGUACAACCGCCGCAAACGCGGUGGCGACAGUGCAGCCGAGUACUUCAACAACACGUCGGCCGUCGCGGGUGUCAAGGACGCGCGGCACCAGGCGCUCAUGCCAGACGUGCUGCACUGGCUCGGCAUCAAGCACAUUACCAACCUCAUCAGUAUGAGCAACAUGAAGUACGAUGCGAUCAUCAAGUCGGGCAUUACGGUGCAGAACCGGUACGAGAUCCCCGACGAGCUCAUUCCCGCGGAUGGACGCGUCGAGAUUGACGCCAAGAUCCAAGCCGGUUAUUUCUCCAAGAAGGAGGUCACGGAUGAGGUUGUUCACAAGACCAAGGGACGCAACUGGGAGGACAUCGUCCACUAA